GCGGGUGAAAACACAGCAGGCAUGAGUGCAGCGGGUAGUGCUCGGCCCGGUUCGACUGCCGGUCCGGUCCAGCAGGGAUUAAAAGAGGCUUUGAUCGAGACGCUGACUGCCAUCCUGUCCCCGGUUCAAGAAGUGCGCGCCGCCGCGGAGGAGCAGAUCAAAGUGCUGGAAGUGACAGAGGAGUUUGGCGUCCACCUUGCAGAACUCACGGUCAAUCCUCAGGGAGUGCUCGCCAUUCGUCAGUUAGCAUCAGUCAUCCUGAAACAGUAUGUGGAGACUCACUGGUGUUCCCAGUCAGAGAAAUUCAGGCCUCCUGAAACCACAGAUCAGGCUAAAGCAGCCAUCAGGGAACUGCUGCCAAGCGGCCUACGGGAGUCUAUCAGCAAAGUCCGCUCCAGUGUGGCGUACGCUGUGUCAGCCAUCGCCCACUGGGACUGGCCUGAGGCCUGGCCACAGCUCUUCACACUGCUGAUGGAGAUGCUGGUCAGUGGCGAUGUCAGUGCCGUGCAUGGGGCCAUGAGGGUCCUAACAGAGUUUACUCGGGAGGUGACAGAUACACAGAUGCCGCUGGUGGCUCCUGUCAUCUUACCUGAAAUGUACAAGAUUUUCACCAUGGCUGAGAUUUAUAGCAUUCGUACCCGUGCCAGAGCUGUGGAGAUAUUCACCACCUGUGCCAACCUCAUCUGUGCUAUUGAAGAGCUUGAGAAGGGUGCAGCCAAAGCAUUGAUCUUUCCUGUGGUGCAGCAGUUCACAGAAGCAUUUGUGCAGGCUCUGCAGAUGCCUGAUGGACCCUCAUCAGAUAGCGGCCUCAAAAUGGAAGUCCUUAAGGCAGUAACAGCACUGGUGAAGAACUUCCCCAAACCCAUGGUGUCCUCCAUGCAGCAGAUAUUACCCAUUGUAUGGAACACACUGACUGAAAGUGCAGCUUUUUAUGUAAGAACAGAAGUAAACUACACAGAGGAGGUCGACACAGGUGAAGUGUUGGGUUUUGAGAAUCUGGUGUUCAGCAUCUUCGAGUUUGUCCACACGCUGCUGGAGAACAACAAGUUCAAGAGCACAGUGAAGAAAGCCCUGCCUGAACUCAUCUACUACAUCAUCCUGUACAUGCAGAUCACCGAGGACCAGAUUAAAGUGUGGACAGCUAACCCACAGCAGUUUGUAGAGGAUGAGGAUGAUGACACGUUCUCCUACUCUGUCAGGAUCUCUGCUCAGGACCUGCUGCUGGCUGUUGCUGCAGAGUUUCAGAAUGAGAGCGCAGCAGCACUGGCAGCGGCAGCGACCAAACACCUUCAGGAGGCAGAGCAGGCCAGAAACAGUGGCAAUGAGCACUGGUGGAAGAUCCAUGAGGCCUGUAUGUUGGCCCUCGGUUCAGUCAAAACCAUCAUCACAGAGAAUGUGAAGAACGGUCGAAUCCAGUUUGACAUGCACGGCUUCCUGGCCAGUGUCAUUCUCGCUGAUCUCAACCUGGCAGCGGCGUCUCCGUUCCUCCUUGGCCGGGCUCUGUGGGCAGCCAGUCGCUUCACAGCAGCCAUGUCUCCUGAGCUCAUCCAGCAGUUCCUCCAGGCAACGGUCAGCGGGCUUCAUGACAGCCAGCCGCCCUCUGUCCGCAUCUCUGCAGUCAGGGCCAUCUGGGGGUACUGUGAUCAGCUGAAGCUAUCAGAGAGCACCCAUGUCCUACAGCCCUUCCUCCCCAGCAUCCUAGAGGGACUGGUCCAACUGGCAGCCCAGUUCAGCUCAGAAGUGCUAACCCUCGUAAUGGAGACACUGUGCAUUGUGUGCACAGUCGACCCGGCCUUCACCACCAGCGCCGAGAACAAGAUCUGCCCCCUCACCAUCGCUAUUUUCCUUAAAUAUAACAAUGACCCUGUGGUGGCAUCUCUGGCUCAGGAUAUCUUCAAGGAGCUGGCACAGAUCGAAGGCUGCCAGGGCCCCAUGCAGAUGCGUCUCAUCCCAACACUGGUCAGCAUUAUGCAGGCUCCCCCUGACAAGAUCCCCUCUGGACUCUGUGCGACGUCCAUGGACAUCCUGACCACAGUUGUACGCAACACCAAACCCCCUCUGUCAGAGAUGCUGGUGUGUCAGGCGUUCCCUGUGGUGGCACAGUGCACGUUACGGACCGAUGACAACACGAUAAUGCAGAACGGUGGUGAGUGUCUGCGGGCGUAUGUCUCUGUUGCCCUCGAGCAGAUCGCCCAGUGGAGGGAUGAGCAGGGGAACAGCGGCCUUUGGUACGUCAUGCAGGUGGUCAAUCAGCUCCUGGACCCCCGGACCUCGGAGUUCACAGCCGCCUUUGUGGGCAGGUUGGUGUCCACUCUGAUCUCUCGGGCAGGAACCGAACUCGGCGAACAACUGGACCAGAUCCUGAGAGCGAUUCUGAGCAAGAUGCAGCAAGCUGAGACUCUGAGUGUCAUGCAGUCUCUGAUCAUGGUGUUUGCCCACCUGGUUCACUCCCAGCUGGAGCCUCUGUUGGAGUUCUUGUGCAGUCUGCCUGGACCGACAGGGAAACCGGCACUGGAGUUCGUCAUGACGGAGUGGAUGAGCAGGCAGCACCUCUUCUACGGACAGUACGAGGGGAAAGUCAGCACGGUGGCUCUCUGUAAGCUGCUGCAGCACGGCCUCAACACCGAUGACAAGCGUCUACAGGACAUUGUAGUGAAGGGAGAGGAGAUCUACAACCUUGAAGACGGAAUCCGCACACGAUCCAAAUCUGCCAAGAACCCUGAGCGGUGGACCAACAUUCCUUUACUAGUGAAGAUCUUUAAAUUGAUCAUCAAUGAGCUGUCGACGGUAGUGGAGGCAAACGCCAGCAGGGCGAAUGCAGGGGACUGGAGCCAAGAUUCCAGUGGUAUGUGGGAGGAGCAGGUGGAGGAAGAGGGGGAGGAGGGGGAGGAGGAGGAUGAAGGGCUGGCAGGGCAGCUGCUUUCUGAUCUCAUCGCCUCCAACAAAUACGAUGAUGAUUAUUAUGAAGAUGAUGAGGAAGAUGAUCCAGAUGCCUUGAAAGAUCCCAUAUAUCAAAUUGAUCUGCAGGCAUACCUGACUGACUUCCUGACCCAGUUUGCCCAACAGCCAUGUUACAGCAUGUUCUCAGGCCACCUCAACAACGCCGAGAGACAAACCCUGCAAUCCAUAGGCCUCUAGCAUCGCCCCUUGUCACUUCAGCUAUCUUUUUCCAUCUACGAUGCCCCAAAACUCUCUUCUGCUGCCCCAUCACUCAAGAUCUCAUGAAGAAUUUACAAACUAGCAAAACAAAAGAAGAAAAAAUUUGGGAUGUUGGGCCUGGCAGAGGAAGGGAACAGAGCAGAGAGAGAGACAGAGACAUGCACUUACCCAUAACUCCCCUGUUUCUCCCCAUUUGUGAUGGGAUGAAGGACUGCUGGUGUUAGUGAUAAGGAUGAAGAGGGGAGAAACUGCACAGGUCUAUUCCUCAGAGGACUCAGCUUUCUGGAGUAAUUUCAGAUGGGACCAGAGGAUUGAUUAACAAGGUUGAACCCUUACAAAGCAGGACAGGAGAAUCAUGAAAUACAAAUGGACUACUUUUCCAUGUCCUACUAGCUACCUAGCCUGUUAUUUUUGUGUUUCUGUAUAAACAGUGAAAUGCAAUGUGGAAAACACUUCCAAGAGACUUUACAUUGAUUGAUGAAAACUCAAAGGAAUAAACACUCUCAUCUUCGGAGAGGGAGAGAAAUGUGGGCGGCCUUAGUUUUUCAAAAAUGUUGACAGUUUCUGACAGGAAAUGCAAAGCUCUUUGACCAGCUGUCAUGUCACAUGGGUCUUUGGGAAUUCACACAGUUGCCAUGGUUAUUCACAGCCUUGUCAUUUCCCUGUACCUACUGAAAUGGAAUAGGGAUGGAAUAAUUUCUAAAUAAAAGUCCAGAAUGGACACCAUUUCCA